AUGGAAACAUCUUCAAAGGAGCUGUUUACACAUGUUAAUCAGUUAUGGAAUCUCCUCGAUGAUCUUGCUGAAAGUAACCCGGAGAGUUAUAAGAAAUUCAUUCAACAGCAGCUGAAAGAAGGCAAAGAGAUCUGGGCUUCCCCAGAACCACAAUUCUGCCUAGAGACCAGGAUCCUGAAACCAAAGGAGAGAAAGCUUUUUAUCAAUUUCUGUCAAUGGAAAAGGAUUCCAUCUCCCCAAUCAGCCACUCAUCCAGUACCUAUCAGAGUUGGCAAACCGGAAGAUAUGUCCGAGACAUCAGAUAUUUACACUGUCAUCAAUGUUGCCUUCAAUCCUGACAUCCUUCAGGCAGCAGAAAAGGAUCAAGUUAGGAAAAAUGAAUUAAUACAAAUGGUCAUUAAAUGCAUUGAAGAAAAACUGCAUUUCACUCUCUCACAUUCUUACCAUACUACCAAUUUUAGAAUAAAAGGAAAUAUUCAAAGGGUGAAACAAAAUUUGAUGGGACUCCAAACAGAUUUAAAAGAGAAAACAAGAAAAGAACUAACCCUCAACCAGAUAAGCAGUACUAUGAGCAAUUCAAAUGACUUACCUCAACUUUUACUGACAAAGGAACAAAAUUCCAAUAAAGGAAGGUGUUUGAUAGAAGAGAUUUCCAGUACAGAGGCCCCAAUGGAGAUAAAGAGACCAGUAUAUGAACUAAAAGUUAUUGAGGAACAGAAUAAGAAACCUCUGAAAAUGGAAUUAAAAGUUGAAUUACCUGGUAUUAAUUCAGUAUCUCUCUGUGACCUUCAUGUUUCUGAGGAGGAUUUAUUGAUAGAGGUCCCUGAGAAAUACCGACUACACCUGAAUCUUCCAGAACGUGCGGAUGUUGAAAUGACUACAGCAAAAUUUAUUAAAGAGAAAGCAACAUUAAUUGUGACAAUUGCAUUGGCACAAGAGAAGCUCAUGUAAUUGCACGUGCAGUGCUGAAGUAUGAAUUAGAGAAAUCUUCAUCGUAACUGAAGAGGAGGUAGUAGUGUAUCUGAAAAAUUUUAUAUUUUCUAUUGAUGGAAUGAUGUUUUAUCAACUUUUUUUCUUUAAAAUUUUACUUUUUCCUGUUCUAAGCUCGGCAAUAAGUAGAAACUAGUAA